UACAGAUGAUGAAAUAAAAAAUACUCAGAAAGAAGCCAAACAAGCAAUCACUUUCUUAGAAGCAGAACUUAUAACAAGAGAUGAGCUUGUAUUAGAUGACUUAUCUUUUAAAAAUAAUAACAAAGUGAAUAACCCUUCUCAAGAAAAUACAUUGCCAGCAAUUCUAAUAGAAGAAGACUUUACAACU